CCAUAUCGGUCGCGCUCACGGUGGUCGCGCUCGAAUUGAACCACUGACUAAACAUUUGGCCAACUUAGCGUUCUUGGAGCUUAGACGCGAGGAAUAACGCGCUCAAGUUUCAAUUUUUGCUAGUAGACACCGCAUCUGUUCAUUGCUGCAACGUUCUUUCGCUCACGAGCAAGCGACCACGCCGAAGCGUGAGACCCAUUCCAAGCAACGAUGGACGUUCUGCCAAAUGAGGUUCUGCUGCCCAUCUUGGCAUUAGUGGAUGGCGCGAGCCUCGUAAGGUGCAAACGCGUGUGCAAGCGGUGGCUGGCACUGGUGGAGGCUAUACUGCAACACCGCCAUGUCAUUUGGAAGAUGAUAUGCCAGUCCGAAAUCGACCGUGACAUGCUGCUUGAACUGCUCGGCAAUUCAUAUCCAGAGGAUGAAUCUGGAGCUGUGGAAAUGGACUGGUUCAGCGUGUACAAGUGUUGGUACAGCACAAGGGUUGUUUCAGAGUUUCCGCAUCACAUUCGCAAGCUAAAAUCUUUCAAAGGGCUAGUGACGUGCCUCAAGACAUCAGGGGAAGUAAUUGUGACAGGCCACACGUCUGGAUGCAUAGUCAUUUGGAAUGCUCGGGAUGGCUGGCCAAUAAAUUUUAUUGAAACGCGUGCAAAUUCAAUCUGUGAUCUCGCCUUUUUCAAUCUUCGUGGCCCUGCUACACUGUCACCAGGGCAGUUCUGCUACAAGCGUGGUCACGUUAUUUGUGCAUCAAAUAACUCGCGCCUGGAUGCCUACAGCCUGGAAGAUACAAGCACCAGCUGUGCCAAUCUGUUUCAAACUUCUUACCCAGUUGUGUCCGUGAAGAUCUGCAAUGACCGGCUGGCCGCUCUGAGCUUGUAUAGGUGUGUUCUGUCUCUAAUGCGGCUGACAUUGACCGCAGGCGGGGUUGAGUUUCACCCCCUGCUGAGGGCCUUCUUGCAAGAGCGUUUCUGCUCAUGGAUAGGCCUAAAUGAGCACUGUGUUUUCCACGUGGGAUCAUAUUGGAAAGCAGGCAAGAUGUGCAUUACGAGCUGUGUUCGAGAAACGUGGAAGCUGGCACCAGUUGAUCGUGAAGAGCCACUUUACAUCACACUUGCCCUCGUCCAAAGGCAGGGGAUUUUAGUCAUUGCUACAGUUGACAUGGGGCUGUACAUAUCGGUGGAUGCCGGCCGUCACGUGAGUGAGAUCAAGGCUGCUCGGCAAUGGAACGGACGGGUGACGGCAUUGGCCUUGCGAGGCUCUCUGCUGGCCAUUGGCCUGUGCAGUGGCUGGCUGUGCGUGUACCGUGUGCGAGACUCUCUCGUCGACAUGGAGUACAGGCAGCCAGACUGGAGCCGACAGCUUUACGAAGACCCAGUCAUAGCUGUCGAUGUGACCAGCGAGCCAGACACGAAGCAGCCCACUGUUGUAGCGGCCACGCGCCAAGAAGUUCAUGUGGUAACUUGGCUUUUCGGCUCUGUGUAAAAAUGUCGGGCUCCACGUGACUCCUAUUUAUUUUAUUUAUUGUUUCCUGCAAGAAAGCUUGGACAGUUUUUCCAAGAUGUUUCUUUUUAACAUGGAAAUGUGCUGCUGUGGUACACAAUACUGUAGUUUAUUACACUCGGAACAAUUUUGGUGUAUAUAAUGGCAUAGUUCAGUCAUUGUUAGUGGAAGCAAUGCCUGUUGUUGAGAAACAUUACAUUCUUCUUUCAAAUACAAUGUGCAAUCCAAGAAGAUGUAGGUUUAGGUGAUGAGAUUAAACAGAAUGCACCUGAAUUUUACUGUGGUGAUGUGUAUUGUUUUCUUAAUAAUUACAAUACAAGUAGCCUUUAGAGGUGGUGUGUACAAUUGUAUUCGACUAUGAAGGCGUGUUAAGCUUUUCAAUGAAACGGGCAGUGUGAACAGGAACAAUCAUCGCGACGAACUGCAUGCGCUCGUUUCAUCCUCUUCGACUUCUUUUCCGCAAGACAUGGUGCCUAUUUUUUCAGUGUGGAAUGGGACUGCCACCUGCCUGGUUUUAUUUUGGCCUGGACGGUUUUCGUGACCAUUGUAUUGUGAUUAUUUACUUUUUUUAUUGCAUAUUAUAAGCAUAAUUUCUGCAACUGCGAAAAUACUACAUAUUUUACCUUGGUCAUCAACUCUCACGCAGUUUUCAACCAAUUUGUAUCUUGUUGGUAUAAAAGCACAAAGUAAUCGAUUCCUCCAAUAAUACCGAUUCCUUAACUAGAGUGAAAAAUGAACCUCAGUGGUUACAUGCCUUCAUGAUGACGGCAAAUUUUGUGCCUUUGAACUAGCAAAAAUUAAGUUAAUGUCUCUUGAGAAAGACUAAAGAUCUCAACCCGGCAACGAGAGCUGGCUCCUGGCUGUGAACAACAUGUUUUAAUAAUAAUUUCUAGGGACUUUAUGUCCCAUAAGAUGGCAUGUAUGUAGACUGUAUUGGCUCGUAUUUUUUCGCCAAUGCCUGUUCAGCUCCACGAAAAGGAGAAUAAACAACCACCAGUUUGUAGCAC